AUGGGGGCUGGACAGUCUUUGCACCACUUGCGGGGUCGCGAAGCACCUGUUGCUGGACUUUCCCGAAUUAGAGGCACUCAAGCGGACGCAAGGACAUCGCAUAGCCAAACAACAGUUCUCAGUGAUGCCGCUCAGCAGCCACAACAAAACAUCGUCCGGUAUACGAGCCGCCUGAUGCGUGAUGCCAUUGGGGAUGUAUACUCUUUUGACUUCUGCGUUCUGCGGAGAGAGGAUGCGGGUAAAGUGUGCAGAGUGACCUGUAGGCGCAGUGGACGCAAGGCAGAAGCCCUCGUGGUACGAAAGCAUCUCGAAGACCCCCUGCAGUUGGAGACAUUGAAGAAGGAGAUAGAGGUUUGGCUCUGUUUGGACCACCCGUAUAUUGCUAGGCACGUCAAACCGCGUGCUGCUAUUUAUAGUUCCAUUGCCUCUAACAGGCACUGUGCCCUCCCCAGCGAGGAAUAUCGGAACAGUGCCCUACUCAAAACAGAGUUGCUCGAAGUGUUCGAGGACGAUAGAGCCGUUUACUUGGUUUCUGAGUACUGCCCAGGAGGCUCACUGUAUGAUUGCCUGGCAGCCUUGCAGAAGUGCCCAGAGGAAGUGGCAAGGACUUGGACCCUACAAAUGGUACGAGCCGUUGGAUUCCUUCAGGGAUGCGGAGUCGUCCAUCGCAACCUCAGACUUGAGAGCUGGCAGCUGACAAGCGAAGGCUGCUUCCCUCCUCUAAAGCUCUACGGCCUGAGCCAUUCCACUCGCUGGCACAAAAAGGAAGGCCGUCUCAAUGCUGCUUGCGGCCUACUGGAGUACACAAGCCCAGAUGUUCUUCUUGGGCGUUACACGGAUGCCUGCGACAUGUGGUCUUUAGGCGUUAUUGUAUAUCAGCUACUGUGCGGCCGCCCUCCUUUUGUGGGUUCACAGCAGGAAAAGAUUCGUCAGAUCCUCUCCGGAGAUGUCAGUUUGCAGCAUCUAGAGAAGGCAGGCGUAUCCGAAGAAGCCAAGUCCUUCGUCGCGCAGCUAUUAACAAUCAGUCCGCAUAACCGUCUCACCCCACAACAAGCACUGGAGCACCCCUGGCUUUUCGGACAGAUGCUCAAGCAUCAGCCACUUCCUCCUGCGUGCAUAAUGGGACUCUGCUGGUUCGCGAACAGCACGACACUACGACGCGCGGCGGUCCUCAUGUGCGCGUACUGCCUGAAUUCUGACCAGUGCGAAUUGGUGGGCUCCGUUUUCGCUGGCGCUUCGCACUCCAGUUUUGGACGACUUACGGCGGAGGACCUCAAGAGAACAUUGCAGAGGGAACAGCCGGACCCUCUUGGAAACGAAGAGGUCGAAGACAUUUUUGAUGCACUUGACGUCAACAAAGAUGGAGAGAUAAUUUUUACGGUGUUCGCUGCUGCAAUGAUCGGCACUUUGGUUGAAGCAGAGGAUUCAGUAUUGCAGAAGGCGUUUACCAAGCUGGACGUCGAUGGCGACGGAAAACUCUCCCUCGAUGACUGUCGCUGGGCAUUCGGGGCAACCCUGUUUGGACAGAGCCUCUCUGCCGCUCUGGAACAGGAGGAAAAUGAAGAUGGGCCUUUGGAUUUUGACCAUUUCUCGGCACUAGUUCGCGAAAAGGGGAAACCAAUGCAUCGGCGGGUGUAUAAGACCCGCGUCACUAUCGACCGGCCUCAGAGUGAACCUCACUCCAGUGAAGCGGACUCGAACACUCCAAAGAGCCCAGCUGCUCUAGCUGGAUUAGAUGGCACAAGAGUACAAAGGGAGAGGAAUAUAUCUCGACAGGACUCAGUAGAGAGUCGGGAAGAGCAACGGCUGCAAGGAGCGGGUGGUGGCUGCGCGACUGCAGUAGAUGCUAGUGGUGUUGCUCCACCAGCACCAUUGUGUUCUCCGCCGAAACAGAAUUCUUCCUCAGCACGACCGAAUUGA